AUGAAAUAUGCCAGUCUUUUAAUCUUCAUUGCGAUAUUAUGGGCAUUUGUUAAAACUGUUUCUAUUCGAAAAAGUUUAGCUAAACGGGCUGAAAAGGAUCACACGGCAACUGAAAUAUUAAAUGACGGGGCUGAAUCGUCGGUUAAUCCUCAAAUUGAAAAAUAUAAAGAAACUUUAACAAAAAACGACACAGUUAAAAAUAAUGAAGAAAACAAAGUGUUUACCAAAAGUGAACAGAAUAAAGAAUAUUACAAAAAAAAUAAAGAAAGGCUGGUUGAGAAAAGUCGAAAAUACCGAAAACAAAAUAAAGAAAUGAUAAAAGAAAAAAAGCGAAAUUAUUAUAAAAGGAAUAAAAAAAAGUAUCCUUGA